GGAGGUGGUCAUGUGGUCAGCUGGCUACCAAUCAUAGGUGCUCCUACAGAUUCCAAUGGAGAUGGAAAGCUCAGCUACACAAAUCUCAAACAUGCCAUCUGGCACAAGGUGUUCAAGAAGUUGUUAGAAUCCAUCAUCCUAUACUCCAAAACAGGUUUU